AAUUUUCUCCACAUUUGAGUAACAGACGAUUUUUUCCACAUUUGAGAUUCAAGAACAGAAUUAGUUGAAUUUUCCAUGGGCGAACUUCUAACAUUCAAUAUGGAUGCGAAUGCGUUUAAUGAUAUCAAGCCUUAUCGUAAACCGUUUAUUAUAGGGGUUGCAGGAGGAACUGCAUCCGGAAAAACAUCGGUUUGUUCAAAAAUCAUUGAACGCUUAAACCUUAAUUACAAUAAUAUUGAAUCAUACGCAAACUAUAAAUCAAGUCUAAAAAUAAUAUUUGAAAACAAAAUUAUAAGCAACAAUAAUGUAAGUGUACUUUGCAUGGAUAGUUUUUAUAGAGAUUUGGAUUCAGAAGAAAAUCAAUUAUUUCAAAGUGGCAAUUUUAAUUUUGAUCAUCCAGAUGCAAUUGACAUUGAUAUGUUAAAAGAUAAUCUUAUUCAAAUGUCUGCAAGGAGGACUGUAAAUAUUCCCGUAUAUGAUUAUAUAAAUAAUUGCAGAAAAUUAGAUGAAUUUAUAACUAUCCCGCCUUCUGAUGUUAUCCUUUGCGAGGGAAUAUUGAUUUUUUAUUUUCCUGAAAUUAGGGAUAUAUUUGACAUGAAAUUAUUCGUUGACACUGACGCGGAUAUCAGAUUAGCCAGAAGAGUUCAAAGGGAUAUUGUUGAGAGAGGAAGAAAUCUAGAAAAUAUUUUACAUCAAUACACCAAAUUUGUCAAGCCUGCUUUUGAGGAAUUCUGUUUGCCGACCAAAAAAUAUGCAGACAUUAUCAUACCUCGGGGAGCCGAAAAUAUGAUUGCCAUUGACCUGAUAGUUCAGCACAUCAAAGAUCAUUUGAGAAACACAAAUUCAAGUGACGCUAAAAAAAGGCUUAGACAUUUUUCCGAUUCAGUUCUAUAAAACGUAUGUAUUUACGAAAAACCAAAUUAAUCUGGUCUAUUAUUUUUCUGUAAAUCUCCAUUAUUUGUUAAUUGUUAUAUUUCGAUAUAAUAAACUUAUUUAUUUA